AUGCCCCUGGGUGCUACCACCACGGUGAGGUGCAUGAGCAAUGGCAGGUGGUACCCCCACGGGCACCUGCCUGCAUCCCAGGUGGAAUUUCGCUGUGACCCUGGCUAUGUGCUGAAGGGUAGUGAGAGGACCCAGUGCUCAGCUGAUGGGACUUGGAGACCUCCUGUGCCAUACUGUGACAAGGUCUGUGGUCCUCCUCCCAAAAUUGCCAACGGGCAGCACUCUGGCUUGGGGACUAAGCAGUUCCCCUAUGGCACUGAAGUCAAGUACACCUGUCUGGAGGGUCUGUCCCUCAUCGGGGCCGAAUCCAUCUACUGCACCUCUGAUGAUGGGGAGAACCUGGUGUGGAGUGGACCUGCCCCAGAGUGCAAAGUGGUUCGGUGCCCCAGGCCCACAGUCAGCAGGGGGAAGAUAACUCCACAGAAGUUCUCCUUCCCCUAUGGGGUGACUGUGAGUUUCUCCUGUGACGAGGGCUUCGUGCUGCACGGUGCUGCUGAGAGCCAGUGUGUGGCUGAUGGCACCUGGAACCCUCCCCUGCCCACCUGCCAGCCAGCCCUGUGUCCACAACCACAAGGAGCCUAUGGAAGGCUGAAAAACCCUUUGGAUACUAAAAUGUGGUACCAAACUAAUGAGACUCUUACUUUUGAGUGCUUUCAUGGAUACCAGUUUACAGAGAAUAGAAACAUCUCUUCAGAAGGCUCUUGGACAGCCACAUGUUUGCCUGAUGGCAACUGGACAGCAUUGCCUAAAUGUAAGAAAGAAGUUGAUGCUGAAAUAUGUGAAGAGGUUCAUUACAUUCAAUCGGUCUUUGACUGUGGUGUGCCCAUAGCAGAAGUGAAAACUCUGCUGGAAAUACAAAAACUGUUCCUGGAGAUUAAAAAACUAAAGGCAGAACUAGAAAACCGAAAGCACUGA